GGAGCCAGUGGUACGCGGUCCGGUAGAGCAGCGCGGCCAGCGGGGCAGCGUCCAAACGUGCGGCGGCGGCGCGUGUGCGAGCGUCCCUGUGCGUGUGUGUGUGUCUGUGCAUCAGUGAUUGUGCCGACGGUACGGCGGCAGUGGAGUGCAACAUUUGUGCAACCGAUGUGUGCGAUGUGAGUGCAGAAGUGAACGUGGAUGUGGACGCUGCUGGUGGCGCAGUGCUGUGGCAUGAUGACCAUGGACAGCCUCCAGUACGACCUGAGCCGCGGGCCGCGAGGGGCGAGCUGGGGGUGUCCGUCGCCUUCCUCGCCGUCCUCGCCGUCGGGGGCCCUCGCCGGCUUCGGGAGGCCCCCGCGAGGUGUGUCCGUCAUCCGGAGCCCCCACGCCCCCCAGGCCGAGCUGACCGGCCGCCCCAAGUCGCGAUCGCGCUCGCGAUCACCGAGCCGGCUGUCGACACUGUCGCCCCUCAGCACCGGGAGCGUGUCCUCCGACUGCAGCCAGGACAGGCUGGACAGGCGGGGCGGGCCGCCGCUCGAGCCUCCGCUGGCGACCCUGGGCGUGCUCGGCUACCCGUACCCGUACGCCGCCUACCCGUUCGAGGCCUCCUCGCCGACGUCCCCCGGGCUGUCGGCGCGCGCCUCGCAGCCAGCACCGCCGGCGCCGCUCCCCGGGGGCGACCCCCUGGACGCGCUGGCGGACCUGUACGCGCCCCUGCACUACCCCUUCUCGUACCCGCUGCGACCCGGCGCCCUGCGGCAGUGGCUGCCGUGGCGCGGGCUGGCCGCCUCCGCCGCCCCGCUGUGCGCCGCCUCCGUGCCCGUGUCGGCCGCGGGGGGCGCCCCGGCCGCCCUCAAGUUCGGCAUGGACCGCAUCCUGUCGGCGGAGGGGUGCGGCCCGAGCAGCAGGAGAGGGCCGAGCAGAGCCGACGACCUGUCGACGGGCCGUUCCAGGGACCUCGACCUCGUCGCCUACCCGGGGCCGACGACGGUGCCCACCCUGAGCCUCCUCGCCCCAACGCCGCUGCGGCUCUACGCCGCGGACCCUAGGUCGGCCCCCAGUAGCCCCCCGAGGGGGGACCCUCUGCGGGCGCAGGGCCUCGAGGGACUCGGCCAGGCCGGCCCCCCCGGCGCGCCCGGCAAGCGGAAACGGUCCUGGUCCAGGGCCGUGUUCUCCAACCUGCAGCGGAAGGGCCUCGAGAAGCGCUUCCAACUGCAGAAGUACAUCACCAAGCCCGACCGACGGCAGCUGGCUGCCACUCUGGGCCUCACCGACGCUCAGGUCAAGGUUUGGUUUCAAAAUCGGCGCAUGAAGUGGAGGCACACCAAGGAAACAAAGCAGCAGCAGCAGCAGCCGCAGCAGGCACCCAGAUUAGACGACCUCCGACAGGACUCGUCGAAAUGCGACCCACCAUCUACUCGGUGUGACUCAUCCUGACACUGUAGAGCAUAGCCUCGCAUCGGACUUGCUGCGAGGCUCUGCAGUGCCUGGCAGCCUAUGGGAUAGGCCACCCAUCCGACGCGCCGUCUCGCUCAUCACAACUCUCAUCGUCACACUACAGCGAGGAGUAUCUGCGGGUUAGGCGAUAAGUUGUGAUUGGGCAGUGUCUUGUCUUCUGGUAUCACUUGCUCGGGAAAAACUUUUUAAAACAGUAAUACUUAGAAAGCAUAAAUUUAUGUGUUUGAAAAACCGGGGCUGUGCGGGCUAGGUUCCUUCACCGCAAAACUAA